AUCAACAACAACCACCACACAAAGACAUCGAACACCAACCGCAACAGGCCUUCUGCCGACAACUUCAUCUCCUCCUCUACUUCCUGGUCAAUCUUCUCGACUGUCCCUCCCAGCACUCUGCCCACUUAGCAGCCCAGUCGCCGGUACAUUGUUGUUUAUGUAUCAGCACGAUUCCGCCACCGUAUCCAGACGAUUCCUCACGCUGCAGCUAUUUCGCAUACCGCGGAAACCUAGCAGUCCCGAUAUCAGAUCCGACGGUUGAUCCUAGCCUGUUGCCCUCGAGUUCCGAGUUCAUGCCUAUCCCACUGCAGUCGCGAAUCUGUCCGGCCCGCCACAUGUCCAGUACGCAUCACUGUUGAGAUUUCCAGCUUCCUCUUCGUCCUCGACCCGUCCGUCCGCUCUAUCCGGCGUCAAUUUGAACAAUCGUCAUCAUCUCCGUCUCGCGUCUCGAGCCUCUUGAUGCCGAUAUCGUCGUCCUAGACACUAAGCAGAGACCAUCUUCGCCUCGUCAAUUCCAAACCUUCACAGACAAUUCUUCACAGCCUCUUAUAAUCUACAACCGUCAUCAUGGCUCUCGUCAACGUUCGCCGCGAUGUCAGCGAUGCCUUCUAUCGCUACAAGAUGGAACGCAUCCAGACCAAGAUUGAAGGCAAAGGCAACGGCAUCAAGACUGUUGUCGUCAACCUGCCCAGCGUCGCCCAGUCUCUUGCCCGUCCUGGCUCCUAUGUCAUCAAGUACUUUGGUUUCGAGCUCGGUGCUCAGACCAACAUUGACCCCAAGGACGACCGUUGGAUCAUCAACGGCGCCCACGAUGCCGCCAAGCUGCAGGACCAUCUCGAUGGCUUCAUCAACAAGUUUGUGCUCUGCAAGAAGUGCAAGAACCCUGAGACCGACGUCGUCAUCAAGGACGAUCACAUCGUGCUCGACUGCAAGGCUUGCGGUCAGCGCACCGACGUUGAUCUCCGCCUGAAGCUGAGCGGGUUCAUCCUCAAGAACCAGCCCAAGAAGGGCAAGAAGGACAAGGCUGAGCGCCACGGCUCCGAGAAUGGCUCCAACGAGGCCGCCGAGAACGGCGACGUCAGCGAUGACGAGUUCCAGAAGAUGCAGGCCGAGGCAAUCACUGCCGCCAGCAAGAACGACGUCGAGGUCAAGGAAGACGAAUGGGCUGUCGACAUGAGCGCCGAGGCCGUCAAGGCCCGCCAGGCUCAGCUGCCCGACGAGCUCAAGCAGAAGCUCAACAUUGGUGGCGACGACGAGGAUGAGGACGGCGAGGGCGGUGGCAACACCGUCUACGACGAGUUUGGCAACUGGAUCAACCAGCAGGCCGAGGAAAAGGGCGGCAUUGACAAUGUGGACUCCAUCAACAUCUACGUCAAGGCCAAGGAGCUCGGCAUCGAGUCCAAGCACCGAUCCGUCCUGGUUCUGGUGCAGACCAUUUUCGACAAGAACAUUGUUGCUCAGAUUCCCAAGCGAGCCAGCAUGCUCAAGCAGUUUGUCACUUCGGAGAAGCAUGAAAAGGCCCUCCUUGGCGGCACCGAGCGCCUGAUUGGCAGCCUUGGCAAGGAGAACCCUGAGAUGUUCCAGCAGGUCGUCAAGGUCCUGCAGCUGUACUACCACCACGACCUCGUCAGUGAGGAGGUGGUCAUUCCCUGGGGCUCCAAGGCCAGCAAGAAGUACGUCGACGUGUCGACUUCUCGCAAGGUCCGCAAGGCCGCCGAGCCGUUCAUCAACUGGCUUAAGGAGGCCGACGAGGAGGAAUCCUCGGAGGAGGACGAGUAAAACCGUCUUCUUUGUUUGAUCCAUAUGACACGGCCGUCUCGGGUCGUCUACUAGGUGCUCAUUUGCUUCUCCUCUCAUUCUUUCCAGAUUGCGAAUAUGUACAAGGCAAAGGAGGCUUAGCAGCUAUCUGUUGUCAAGAAAUUGACAAGAGAACUCGGGGAUUCAUAUACGAAUGGCUCUGUUGUCGUUUUACACAUGCAUCUUUCUGUACUGGGCUCUGUCACCACUUGGACUUUGUGUAUUUAGCUAGAUU